AUGACCGACUGGGCCUGGCUCUUCGCGCCCUGGCGCCCGGAGGGCAGGCCAGAGAAAUCCCAGGGCCUGAUACUUUUGAACACGCCCCUGUCCAAGCCACUGCUAGAGACGCUUUGGCACAUGCCAUUGGAUUUUACCUUGGUCGGCCAAGGCUUCCUGGGAAACACAUCCAGGACCAGCUUUCGGCUCCUGGCAGACGGGGCCGCCACGCGUUUGCGCGCCUCGCAUCCGGAGUUUGUGCCGGACGCGGUGCUGGGGGACUUGGAUUCGGCGGAUGCCGAGACGCUGCAAUGGUACCGGGAGAGGGGCGUUCAAGUGCGGGACCUCUCGCACGAUCAAGACACAACCGACCUCGAGAAGUGCCUGGCCGCCGCGCGCCAGGACUUCGCCUGCGAGCAGGUCCUCGUGGCAGGGCAGUUCGCUGGCCUGGAAGGGCGCCUGGACCACACCAUGGCAGCCUUCAACGCCCUGCUGAAGGCGCAGAGGCAGGGCUUGCAUGCAGCGCUGCUCAGUGACGACUGCUGCUGCGCGGUGCUUCUUCCGGGCCCGCACCGCCUGGACCCGCUCAAGGGCGGCUCCGUGGGACUGGUGCCACUGGGAGCUGCGGUGAAAGUGAGCUCCAGCGGCCUCAAGUACAACUUGCAGGACCAUGUGCUGGAGUGGGGAGGCCUCAUCAGUAACAGCAACUCUGUGGAUGAAGAGGGCGACGGCAUCGUGUGGGUUGAGACUGACGGGCCUUUGCUCUUCAUGUGCAGCAAGUCCUGA